GAUGAGUUGAAGCAGUUAUGAAUUUCGACUCUCAUGGGAUUAGAAUUACUCAAGAUCAACUCAAAGCAAUUGAUGAAUAUGAGGAGUAUAGACGAAUUGUUGGAGAAGAUGAUGGUGGGAUCCUGUUUACGCCUGAGCAAUAUGAAGCAUAUAAAAAGAAAUAUAUACCAUUGAGACGCCAAAAUAGGAUUUUUGUUUCAUGGACGAACCCAAAUGGAGUAGACUGCAUACUUCCUGGUCCGCAAAGUGAAUGCUUUUGCCAGCACCGUCUUAUACAACAUAAAACGGAUUUCGAAGUAGUGCCUACAGAACGUCCUGUACCUCUGCCUUGUAAACACUGCAGCUGUGCAAGUUUUCAUGUGAUGCCAAAAUUCGGAAGUCAAAUAGCACGUUGUCAUUGCAAACAUUAUGCUACAGAACAUAGUGUGGUGGCUCCAUACUUUUGUUCAAGGCCUAAUUGUAAAUGUGAUGGUUUUAAAACAAGUAUGCAUUGUGACUGUGGUAUUGAAGCGCAUAAACACGAAAUGAUUAUGGAAACAGCUAAAGAACGUCAUGCAAGAGGUAAACCAAUCGGUAAGCCGUCACCAUAUCAAGCUAUGGGUGGGAUAACUGGAUUCAGCUCACUUGCGCCUGGUAUUGCACGUAUGGAUGAAAGUGGUGCUGGUGGCCUGUUGUCAGAAGAAGAAUUGAAUGCACCGAUUACAUCAUCUGAUCAUCCAUUCUUACGUGGUCAUGCACAAGCCGUUUACGCUUAUAAAUUAGCUAUAAAUGAUGUUGAAGGCGCUGAACGUGAACGACCUGAAGUAGAAUCACAAAUGCGUCGUCCUGGUGAAUCAGAAUUAGAUUACUAUGAACGCCGUUAUCAAGAACGAGAAAAAGCCAAGUACAUUAAAAAACCGCGUCAAAUACAAAAACGAUAAUUGGAGGCUAAAAUUCUUCUUUUUUUUAAAUCUCUAAUGUGCAAAAACAUACAUGACUUUUACUUAUUAUUUCUAUACUGUUUAGUAUAAUUUGUUAUCAAAUUUACUAUUUCAUCUAUUUAUUUAUU